AUGGGGGGCAAGAAAGAAUCCAAGGCCGCUUACUUCGAGAAGCUCGAGGCUCUCCUCAAGGAGUACAAGAGCAUCUUCAUCGUCACCGUUGACAAUGUCUCGUCGCAGCAGAUGCACGAGAUCCGUCAGUCGCUCCGCGGCGAGGGUGUCGUCCUCAUGGGAAAGAACACCAUGGUCCGCCGUGCUCUGAAGGGUCUUAUCAACGACUACCCCGAGUACGAGCGUCUCCUUCCCCACGUCAAGGGCAACGUCGGUUUCGUCUUCACCAACGCCGACCUCAAGGACACCCGUGAGAAGAUUCUCUCCAACCGUGUCGCUGCCCCCGCUCGUGCCGGUGCCGUCGCCCCCGGCGAUGUCUACAUUCCCGCCGGAAACACUGGUAUGGAACCCGGAAAGACCUCUUUCUUCCAGGCUCUCGGUGUCCCCACCAAGAUUGCCCGUGGUACCAUCGAAAUUACCUCCGACUUGAAGCUCAUCGAGGCUGGUAACAAGGUCGGUGCCUCCGAGGCUACCCUGCUCAACUUGUUGAACAUCUCUCCCUUCACCUACGGUAUGGGUAUCUUCCAGAUCUACGACAACGGCCAGACCUUCGACGCCUCCGUCUUGGACAUCGAGGAGUCCCAGCUGCUCAAGGCUUUCUCCUCUGCCAUCGCCACCAUUGCCAGUAUCUCCUUGGCUACCGGCUUCCCCACUCUGCCUUCCGUCAUGCACUCCGUUGUCAACUCCUACAAGAAGGUUCUCUCUGUUGCCAUUGAGACCGACUACGAGUGGGAGGAGAUCGCCGAGCUCAAGGACCGCAUCGCCAACCCCGACAAGUACGCUUCCGCUGGCCCUGCCGCGGCUGCUACUUCCGGUGGUGCCGCCCCUGCCGCCAAGGAGGAGGCCAAGGAAGAGGAGAAGGAGGAGUCUGAGGAUGAGGACAUGGGCUUCGGUCUCUUCGACUAA